AAAUUUAAAAAAUAUAAAUGAUGGUCGUAUUUUGUUGAGUUUCAUUUUUUUGGCAAUCGCUUGGAAGAUGUGAAAUGUUUUAUGAAGCAACGUUUAUUUAUUCUCAUGAAAUAGAAAAUGGUAACGAUUGUCGACGACUUGGAUUCCUUAACUUUGCAAGAGCAAGUUUUCAAGGAUGUCAAGUACUACUUGUCUGGCGAUGUCUCUGAAAAGAUUAUGCUACUGCUCCAGUCCGGCGGGGCCGAGAAUAGAAAGUACUUCACGGAUUACGUUACGCAUGUAAUUUGCGGUCAAAAUGCCGUGGACACGGACGUCGAGGAUGCCCAGGAGGUCUACCAGAUACCUGCUGUGACUCAGAACUGGGUUCUUGCGUGUGCUCGUCUGAAGAAGCUCGCCAACCCUAACCCCUACUUUCCCAGUAAGAAUAAGAUAUUCUCGAAUGUGACUGCGUGCGUUUGUAAGGUGAGUGCCGCGGACGCCAAGGCAUUAUUCGCCCUCAUCACAUACAAUGGUGGGAAAGUGAAGUUAAACUUGGACCCUCAGUGUACACAUCUAAUCUGUGGUGAAGCCUCCGGCAAGAAGUAUAGUGCUGCACUAGGCCAGCCCCGAAUAAAAGUUGUGACUCCGGACUGGGUGUUAGAAAGCUUACGGGCGAGAAUACAGGCCGCGGUGGAUGUUUUUCAUCCCAAACUAUUAAUAGUACCUCAGCCUCCUAAGCCAAUGGAUCGAAUAAGUGCUAUCACCGGAUUUGAUUUUGAGGAAGGUAUUGCAAAGAAUGAGGUACCCACACAGAACAUGGCUGAAAACAAAGAUGACAGUACACAAGCACUUUUAGAUAGAUUAAAGCAGAGAAUGCCGUGGAAUCAUCCGCCUUCUACAGCAAAUUCCUCAUUGGCUACUUUUAAUCCAAGUUCUAUGGGAUAUGUUACAUCUAUGGCGACUUCUGGAAUAAUGAGUAAGUCUGUACCGCAAGGUAUGGUUACUCAAAACUUACAGAUACAGGGAAGUCAAGCAAAUACUGCUCAUUUAAUGCAGAAAUUUGGCCAAAAUACUAUAGUGUCACAAGCGGGUAUGCAAAAUCAACAAUCUGCCUUGUCCCAAGGCUAUGGGCAUCAGCAGCACCAACAGAUUUCUCAGCAACAACACCACCAACAACAGCUUCAGCAACAGCAGCAGCAUCAACAACAACAACAACAUCAUCAGCAACAACUUCAACAACACCAGCAGCAGCAACACCAACAACAGCAACAGCAGCACCAGCAACAACAACAACAACCACAUGGACUCUCUGCAAUUCAGAUUCAACAACAAAAAGUCCUUCAACAACAUCAACUGAGAAUGCAAAUGCUACAGCAAAAAAUGGGGACCCAACAGAAUCAACAAGGGUUUGUGCAGUCUGGUAACCAAAUGAACCAAAAUAUAUCUGGACAAAUUCAACAACACAUUCAAAAUACUCAGCAUGGUAUUCAACAGAAUCAAACACAAUCUUCCAUGACUUCUGCUCAACAGCAAAUUGAAAAUAUAAGUCAAAUGCUCAGCCAGAGUGCUAAUAAUUUACAGCAACAACAACAGCAGCAGCAACAACAACAGCAGCAACAGCAGCAACAACAACAACAACAAUUAGGCCAGCAGAGCAUGGGCUUGAAACAGGGCCUGACUUUAAGUCAGCAAAAUGCUGUUCAAAAUAUUGCACAACAACUUGCACAAUCUACACAAAAUCUACAACAGAGCUUGAAUGCCAAGCUUAAUCAGAACCUAGGACAGUCACAAGUGCUUAAUCAGCAAAUAUUGAGUACAGGACAGCAAAUUUCAUCCCAAAAUCAGGGUAUGAUGCAGCAACAAACAGUUCAGUCAAUGUCCAAUCAACAGAAUGUUAAUUUGGGUGUUCUUAACCAGCAGAAUCUUGCAUCCUCUCAAGCACAAACAGUACAAGGUGGACAAUUGGGCCAACUGGUAGGGAACACCUCACAGCAGUCAGUUAUUGGACAACAGAUACAAACACAGCAGGGUUCAAAUGUUCCUGCACAAGGUGCAUGGAGACAGCAGGUGCAAAUGGUCCAGAAUGUUCAGGGGCAGCACCAGAUCUUACGAAAUCCGAUGCAGCGCAGCCCACAGGUUAUACUACAACAGCAAAUAAUGCAAACUCAGCAGCAGGGGCUUAUAAGUAACCAACAAUCUCAGCUGAGUCCCCAGCACCCCAUACAACAGGGGCAACAGCAAAUUCUACAACAAUCCCUCGGCUCGCAGGGUCAGACUCAUCAUCAAAUUUUGGUGCAAAAGCAGCAGCUUCUUAGUGGCUCAGGUCAGCAACAAAUCGUCCAAGCACCCCAGCAAGUCCUCAUCAAUCAGCAUGGCCAACAGCAGAUACUGGUCCAUGGAAACCAGCAGGUUACACUUCAGGGUGGCCAGCAGCUGGUAUCUCAAAAUCAAAUGGUGCACCAAAGUGGGCAGAUUGUUAAUCAGGGUGGGCAACAAAUAAUCACACAAGGAGGUCAGCAAGUAUUGUCCCAGAGUGGCCAGCACGUGAUCACACAGCAGGGCCAGCAGCACCAAGUCGUGAUACAAACCCAGUCCUCCCAGCAGCUCGUGACACAGUCCGGUCAGCAGAUAAUCGGCCAGAACGUCGGACAGAAUCAGCAAGUUCUCACCCAAGUGCCUCAGUCACCGCAGCCCGGCUCACAGAAUAUACAGCAGAUAAUAACACAUAGCGGUGGUCAACAAAUAGUUUCGCCGGGUGGCCAGCCCAUCCUGCAGCAAGGUGGCCAGAAUGUUUCCUGGCAGCAGCAACAGCAGUACCUGCAACAACGCCAACAGAUUGGCCAGCCGGGAUCUGUCGGACCCAGGGUAUUGCAGGUGUCGUGGUCGGCGGGGGCGGGCGGGCGGCAGCUCAUUCACCUGGACGCGCAGACCCACGCCCACCUGCAGCAGAUGGACCCCCAGCAGCGCGCCAUCUUCGUCGCCCAGCUCCAGAAGCGCCGCCAGCUGAGCAUACAGCGUGCACAGGCGCUCGCACAGCAACAGCAGCCCGGUGUAGUGUCGGGGUCCCCUGGAGCACCAUCUCCUGCACCUCAGAGUGUCACCUUCAUCCGCAGCCAGCUGCCCCCCGGCCUUACCCAGCAGCAACAGGUACAGUGGCUGCAGCAGCAGGGCGCUAGAACGGCGACCAUUCCCUCGCAGCCCGCACAACCGCCUCAGUCACCUGUGAGCGGCGUGGCUGGCGCUACGGGCGUGGAGUCGCCGAUGCAGCAGCUGCAGCGCCAGCAGCAGUACCAGCGGCUGCAGCAGCUGCAGGCGCAGCGGGAGCACGCGCCGCACCACCACCAACCACCCAAACAGCAGGUGGCGCCAGUGACGCAGCACGUAGUGGCGCCGUUGCAAGAGCAACAGGUGGACGCGCUCCUUACACCCACCACGCCGGAGCAACAGCAAGCAGGUGCAGGCGCGUUGCUGGUGAACCCUAAGACUAAGACGGCAUUAGCCAACAUGCUGUCCAUCCGGCUGCAGGGCGCCGCGCCGCCGCCCGAACAUGAGCCCUCCGCCGCCGGCACGCUCAGGCUGAUGACAGCUGCGCACGCGGCGGGCGGCACGGUGCGCGCGCCGACACGCCUACUACUUGGCCCCGCCCACCACGCACAUCCCGUGCCGCAACAGGCGGGUGCGACGGGCGUGGUCGGCAACAAGGUGUACGCGGGCGCCGUGCGCGCCGCGCCGCCGCGAGCGCAAUUCUACGGACACAAUCCUAACCUCAAACUGCCUCCGGAUCUCUUCCUGCUGGGAUGCGUGUUUCAUAUCGUGGAGUACCAGCAAUCUGUGGGUGCGGAGCGAGUAGCGCGGUGGGCGGAGGCGAUCGCACGGCGCGGCGGGGAGGUGGAGGCGGGGUACUGUGCGCGCGUCACGCACGUGCUGUGCGAGACGCAGCGGCACGGCGUCGUCAUGCAGGCCCUGCGUGACGCCAAACGCUGCGUGACCGCGUACUGGGUGUCUGACACGAUGGAGCGUCGCAGCGUGGCGCCGCCGUGGCAGGCGCUGCACCUGCCCGCGCUGCAUGCCGCACACGAGCGGCCUGCGCGACACCACCGCGCUGCGCUGUCCGGCUGGCGGCGCGACGAGCGGCGACGGCUGGCGUGCGCGCUUCGCCAGUUGGGUGCUAAGAUGACGCCUUACAUGAGUCGCGACAACACAGUUCUAAUAGUGAAGCGGGCGGAGGGCAACAAGUACAGGCGCGCGCGCGAGUGGGGCGUGCCCGUCGUCAGCGCCGCCUGGCUCACAGACCUGCUCGUCGGCAACAUGAGCGCGCUAUCGCAGAUUGAGAAUGCAAAAUACCAGCAGUUUAAUCUUCCAAGUCCCUUCCGCAUGGACUACAGUUUGGUGUCACAUUUGAUGAAUGCAUGGAAGAUGCCCAUCAACAUAACUCAGGAGUCUCACGAGCGGGCGAAGCGUGCGGCGGCGUCGGCUGCCGGUCGGCGCGCCAAGCGGCCGCGACUGUCGCCACCCGCGCCGCCGCCGCCGCCCACCGCGCCGCCCGCACCGCCGCCGCUACAGCUCGCACCCCGUGUGCUGUUCUCUGCUGUCAGUGCGCACGAGCAGCAACGACUCGCUGCCAUCGUCAGACAACUCGGAGGUCUUGUGGUGACGUCGGCUGCUGAGGCGACGCACCUGAUAAUGGAGAAGCUGGUGCGGACGACCAAGCUGAUCAGCUGCCUCGUCACCGUCAAACACUUACUUUCACCCGAGUGGGUAUUAGAGAGCCAGCGGCAAAACAAGUUCGCGGACGAGGCGCAGUACGGUCUGAGGGACGAGACCUUCAAUACAUCGUUCAAAUGUGACGUCAACGAGGUGCUGCUUUGUGGUGAGCAGCGACGGCGUCUGUUCGAGGGAAUAACUUUCUAUCUGACCCCCUGCGUGAAGCCCGGCCGAGCCGCCCUCAGCGAGAUGAUCGAGCUCUGCGGCGGCCGCGUCGAAAAGAACCGCCGCUCGUACGUGUCCAUACAGGAGAUGCACGCGCGGCGCCCCUACAGCUAUCUCGUUCUUACAGUCCCCAACGAUCUCCAUCUAGUAUACUAUCUCCUGCAGUCCGAAAAGACGCUCAAUGUUGUGUGCAACACCGAAGUCGUGUUGUCCGCUAUAAUGCGACAGAAAUUGGAAAUACAAGAGUUCUUAGUCCAAAUUGAUUGAAUUUUUAUAACAUUGAUAUGAAUUUUGUAUAAUAUGAAAUAUUUUAUAAAUGAUUUGUUUAUUGACAUGAGAAUGUAUUUGAUGCAGUAAAUUUAAUAUUUUAGUA